GUUUGGAAUAAAGUCAGACUGCUUGAGGUUUGCCGGUUGCAUGCAGUACGAUCGUACCGCCGUUGCUAGAUCGUCGCGAUCGUAUUGUUUUGAGUACCAGUGAAUGUUUCUUUCAAUACAGUUCCAUUUACUAAUGUGUUUUGCAAAAUUGUUGCAAUCGUGUAGUGCGCGUGAAUGUUUUACUACCUGUGGUUGUGAAAGAAUUCUAGGUAAUAUUGAACCAGUCAGCACAACGAGAUAUUUAUGAAAAAUGUGUAUAAAUUAGCCUUCAAAAUACACAAUAAAUUGUAACAAAAGUGUGAAAUAUACUAUGUGAUAAGUGAUAAGCAAAGCUUCGUUCCUUAAACUCCUAUAAACAAUGUGUGUGCGUUAGAAGUGCAUCGGGUUGUGAGUGCGAAUGUGUAUGUUCUUUUCCAGUAACAAAGACGAACCAUCAGCUUCAAAACGUCGUCGGCAGGGGAAAUAACAAAAAUCCCAGCAAAUAUGUUCACCAGAUUCGAUGCAAAUAAAUCCACCAAAGGCGCUUCGAAGCUGAGGCGCGAUCUAAUCAAUUCCGAGAUUGCAAACUUGCGCGAUCUCCUCCCGCUUCCCCAAUCUACCCGGCAGCGGCUUUCACAGCUCCAGCUCAUGGCACUAGUGUGUGUGUACGUGAGAAAAGCUAACUACUUCCAACAAGUGUUCAAACGAAGCAUCGAAAUCGGUUUACAUUCGGCGCCAACACCAAAUAUAGGAUUUUCUAAGGCACUAUCUGGAUUCCUUAUGAUGCUCACGCAGAACGGAAAGCUGCUGUAUAUUUCUGAUAAUGCCGCCGAAUAUUUGGGCCACUCGAUGGAGGACCUACUCAUACACGGUGAUUCCGUUUAUGAUAUUAUCGACAAGCAGGAUCAUGGUGCGAUCCAGAGCGAGCUGAGUCGGGGAGCUUCGCAGCACGCGGGUCACCAUCACCAUCAUCACCACCUUCACCACCAUCAUCACCAUCACCAGCAUAAUCAUCAGCAGCUUAGCAAUAAUCAUCACAAUCAUCACGGCCAUCAUCACCAUCUGCUGCAUCAUGGACAUGGGAGCUCUCCCUCGCCUUCCGGUUCGUCCGUUGCUAGCUCCAGUGGUGGUGGUGGAGGGUCAUCGAGUUCGUCUGCGGGUUCGUCGCUUCUGGAUGGUGAGCAGCGAAUAUUUCUGUGCCGUAUGAACGUGAGCAGAAAUGCACGGCGCCAGAUGCGGUUUGGUGAUCAGAAGGUGGUACUGGUGCAGGGCCACUAUCUGUCCUAUCUGCCGCUGUGCAGCCGUAACGAGCCCGUCUUCAUAGCGACCUGCACCCCGAUCGCCAUGCCGGAAACGCGCGAGUGCGUCGUCCAGGGUGCGACCAACGUCUUCACUACGAUUCACUCGAUGGACAUGAAGGUGGUGCACAUUGACAAAAAUGGAGAAUUUCAUCUUGGCUACAGCCGAAGUGAACUUCAAGGAGUGUCGUGGUACCAACUGCUACACUGGGAAUCAACACGCGAAGCUCAAAGCAAACAUAGGCUGAUAACCCAAUCGGAGCAGGAUCGAUCUUGCAUUCUACUAGUGCGAAUGCAACGCCGUCAGAGCGACUUCCUGUGGGUGCACGUGGUGCUACAAGUACGUGACGGUCAAGACUCCAACCAACAGUCGGUGAUCGUGUGCACUAAUCAGGUGUUAAGCGAUCGUGAAGCAUCCGUAAUGCUGUCCAACUCGUGGCUUUAUCACUACUACACCGUUCAGUCGAAGAUGCAGUUCGGCAUACCGUUCGAAGGUGCCACCAGGAUACCACCGACCGCACCGUACUAUCAGCCGAGCGCGACCGGCCACAACCUUUCACCGAGCGGUGCGGGAACGUCGGGCGGUGGGGUAGCCAUGGCAUCCGGAACGUCGGGCGGAACGCUGACGGCCACCGGCCACGGGCCGUACACAACACCACACCAUUCGCAUCAUCACGUUCCCGCUGUCUACGGGUAUCAUUCACCUUCCGGGCAGCAUCACAAUGGCGGUUCGGUCACUCCGAUGCUGCACGCACACCAUCACCAGCAGGCCGUAAACAAUGGCGCCGGAUUGUCGACGGGUGGCGACGAGUAUGGAAAUCGGGCGGCAUACGGCUUUCGGUUGGACUCCACCGGCCAACCGGUAGACUAUAGCGGAGGACAUCCCACUCCACCGACAUCGGCACCACCGGUCAUUGGCAAUCCGGUAGCGAUUCCCAUUCCGGUCGUGCAAGUGACACCGCACAUCCGAUGUCACAAUGGAGGCGGUGGUGGUGGUGGUGCAGGGAAUUCUUCUAACAGCGACCAGGGCGCAAGUGGCAACGGAUCCAGUGGGAAUGGAACUCCCAACAGUCAUCAAUCGAGCGGUGGGAGUGCAAGUGACCGUCAUAAUGGGACACCACCAGCGAAGAAACGAAACAUUAACCGGCUAGAACCAAUCUACAUCCCGGAAAAUGGACAAUCUGAGUCGACCGAAGUUUCCGCGAUAGAGCUACAGACCAACUCUGCGGCAUUACAUCAGCAAGACAACGCCGGGACGGGAGGUGUUGCUAAUGGGCUCAAUCACCUGAGCAGCUCUAUCGAUGGUGGAGGAUCCCUCGGAAAUGGUAGCGGGCAAGGUGGUGGAGGUGGUGGUGGAGUGGGGUUGCAGACGAUGCUAUUAGGCAGCCGCACUUCCAUCGGGCGGUUACACUCCAAAUCCGCGCUCCUUCCCACCACGGUGUCGAAUCUCUCCAACGAACCAACUGACUUCAUGGAACAAUGGAACCCAAGUCCACCGUGGUCGGAUACUACCGCCCAGAAGGUGCCAGACAUCACGCACCAAGAGCUGUCCCCGUACAUGACUACAACACCUCCAACGCCGACCAGUGCGCCGCAUCAGCAUCACACUGGCGGUUAUCCGACGGCAACUACGUUCUCCUUUGACUGGAUGCCGGAACAGUUUGUACCGAUCGCAACCGACUGCACAGGCAGCACGCUCGUGCCAGUGACCAGCAAUGCAGUAUCGCAGACGGCAGGCUCUGGCACAUCCUCAAUUUCCUGUCUGUCCGCUAACAGUAGCCAUGUCAGUUCGGCAGCGGGAAACAUGGGCUGUGUGCUUCCUUCCAGCUGUCUCACGCAGGAAGGGUUACCGAUCCCCGGACUAGCCUUACCUAUGCCUGUGCCGCUGCAAAUACCUCCCCCUCCUUGGCCAUCGGACCAUCGGCUGUUGGCACUGGAUGGUGCGGCAGGAUCGACGACGGCAUCCGCAUCACCGGGAAGUGGUUCGGGAGUGGAACGAAAGCCUCUGGACGACCAUCAGGAUCAGCGAAGAUCUCACUGACCCACGAUCACAGCUAGCUAGCCUACACUUCAAAGCAGUCAGCCGUGGGAAGGGUAUUACGGGAUAGGCGUUUAAUUUAUUUAUUUCCCAACGCGUAUGCACUACUCUUAUGUAAGGAUUUUUAUUAAUUAAUGAGUAGCACGUUCGAACGAACUGUACAUCUUCCGCAUCAGUAUUUGUUAUUAGCAAAGGUUUCAAGCGCAUCGAUGGAGAGAGCAUUUCCUACCAUUGCUGGCGUUUAUGUGCAUUGUACGUAUGGUUAAUUUAUUUUAAAAAGGCAAAUACAAUUCGCUUGUUAGUCGCAAUGGAUAUCAACUGUGUUUGUGGAUAGUUCAUUUUAACGUUGGACAAUAUUUAUUUUCCCUGUUGAAGUAACUCUUCGAAGCAAAAGCCGAUGUAGGGAAUGCGCAUAUUUGUUGAUUCUGUACAUACAAAGCAUAAUGUUGUUGUGUUUAAUGUGAAUAAACUCGCAUAGCCCGUACCGUACUAAGGGUAGGCUUACGCUUGACUUCCGUCCGAUGUCAUCCGUCCGAAUGGUUAGAUUAGUUACAAAAGUAUUCUAUACGAUACGAAUACCCGAUACGUGGCGAUAUCAAAUAGUGCACUUCCUUUUCUUAGUGAUUAAGUUUUGUUAUACCUAUGAUAUAAUGGAAUGAAUGAGACAAAUGAG